CUGUGUAGUCUUUUGGAAGUGCAGCGUUGUUCUCCUUAAGGGUGCCCGCAUGUGUGUCUACCACUGCAAUAGCAACCUUCCUGUCGUCUCUGUGCAAACAGUAACUGGACUUCUGGGAAAGCUAGCUGGUAUACAGCUACUAACACAAUCAAGAAAGUACAUACUUGCGGCUUACCUGUCCAGGAGGAACUACAAGCAGUGCUAAAAGUAUGGGCGGUAUAGUUAAAGCUAUGGGUGGUCAUGGGAAGAAGAGGAAGCAGCAGCAGCAAGUGCAGCAGCAGCGCAAGGACCAAGCUAACCAGAAGCGUCAAAGUUUAGCAGCAGAAGCGACUGCAACCGGCUGUCCUCAUGUCAAGAAAGCAGUCCAGUUCAAUAAUAUCCGCGGUGCUAUCCGCUCUUCCUCUGUGAUAGAGUGCAAGGAUUGCAAGGCGCUGUCGGAUGCGCCCAAGCUCGAGGAUGCUGAGAUUUGCGCUUGCCUGAACUGCGGGCGGCUGAGCUGUGUGCGUGCCACUACGCACAAGCACGCACUCAAGCAUCAGAACCAGAACAAAAGCCAUGCGCUGGUCGUCAAUGUCGUUUCAUUCGAAGUUUGGUGUUAUGAGUGCGAUCGAGCUGUUGUGGCCGAGCCGGAUACCAACCUACAUGCAUGCCUGAUCCACAUCAAGAGGUGCUUCUCAAAUGAAAAAGCUCUGGAAGAAGAGCAAGCCUUGCUCAGGAAGAAGAAGCUGGCCAUACCGUCCAGGUCCAUGCCCGGGAUCCCUGUCCGGGGCUUGAUUAACCUCGGCAACACAUGCUUCUUCAAUGCCAUCAUGCAGGGCCUGAACCAAGUGUAUCAACUUCACGAGCGCCUUGAGCAACUGCGUCCCGUUGGAUUUGAAGUGCCAGUUCGAGCACAGGGUCGGGACUCCCUUGUUGUUAGGCUUGAAAUGGGGCCCGGCGCACUGACCCAGGCCAUGCAAGGUCUCUUGACUGAGUUCCGUGUGGAGGGCAGUGGAGUGAUUUCUCCUCGCACUGUGUUUAGCAGGAUUUCCCAAGUCACGCCUCGCUUUAGUAGCAUGCAGCAGCAAGACAGCCAGGAGCUGUUUAGUUGUUUACUGAACUCAAUUCGAACUGAGGAGGGCAAGCGUGUCAAGAGUGUCGUGCUGAAAUCAUUGAACUUGAAGAAUGUACCAGCUGCCAAAGUCUCCGAUGAUGACAGGGCAGCACUGCGGGAUUAUGGCAAGGCAAUUGAUCAAUCCAGCUUUGUGGAUGAGAUCUUUGGUGGGCAGACAGUCAGCUCUGUAACGUGCUUGGAGUGCGACACAGUGUCGAGUAUCUAUGAGCAUUUCUUGGAUUUGCCACUGCCACUGCCCGAUGAUAGUCCCGUUCGGGGCAAUCUCUAUGCCGCAGGAGUAGCAUCGCUAGGUGGGACUGCAAAGAAAGCAACUCAGCACUCUACUAAACGAAAUUCUGAGAUGGCGGGAAGGAAGUCCUCACAUUCGUCCAUUGUCGACGAUCUGAUCAGUCAAGUGGAGCCGAAGAAACCCGCCAUGAGCAAGCAUAUGUCCAAGAAAGAAGCUCGGAAGCAGAAGAAGGAGGCUAAGCGGAAGGGAAAGCAGAAAGGCGGCGGUGGCAAAGAUGACGCGCAGUCUGACGUGUGCACGUCAUCGUCACGUGAGGAUUCCCGCUCUGCUGAUCAGGCACAGGAGGAUACCCUCUCUGCUGAUCAGGCACAGGAGGAUACCCACUCUGCUGAUCAGGCACAGGAGGAUACCCACUCUGCUACGGACACUGAACAGUCUGCUGGCAGUACCGAAACCGCCGCAGGUGGUGAGCAGCCAGCACCUCGUCAAGAAGCCAAAUCAACGCCGGAGCAAUUAGACGUUGCCGAUUCCUGGGAGGACUUGGAUAAUGACGGGAGUGCUGCUGUUGGCAACACUAGCAGCGGUAGUUCUGCUGAUGCGUGUAGUGCUUCACAGCGAGGUGAGAGUGAUAGUCACAGCUGGAGCACCGCGUGUGAGGUUGCGAGCUAUGCGGGCGACUCUCAGCUGUCGAUUACACCGGUUAUGUCGGAUCAAAGUCCUAUGCAUGUUAGCAUGGGUACGUCACCGCUGGGUAGCAAUGUCGUUGAUGAAUCUCAUUUGCAGCUAGACGGUUCGGGAUCGGAGACUGGGUGUAACGAGCACCCCACUGCCUACGAAGUGCCUGUCCCUGUUGGUAAAUCUGACUUGGCAGCUGAUGGAGGCUUGUCGUUGUCUGAUGGCAGUGUUGACGAGAAAGACAAUGACUGUGGGCAUCCUGCAAGUGCAGCCAUUGCCGAAGACGUGCCAUCUGCAGUCGACUCUGGUGUUGGUUUGUGCUCUAGUGGCGGCUCCAGCAUGGUCGGUCAACCGGUUGAUGUAACAAGCAGCUCAGCAUCGGACCUUACACAAGCAGCCAGCAUUGCUGCUGCCAAGACCACACAUGUCCUUCCCAUUGACAGUGCAAACUCACAGGGUGUAUCCUCAUCAGUCACUGGCUGUCCUUCUGUUACAUGUAGUCCGGCUACUAUCGCUGUUGACUCUGAGAAAUCAGUGGGUCGUGACGGCGCAGCCACACCAGCUCACUCUGCUGAUGCAGCAGCUGCCGCAGGUCAAGCGGUAGCAGGCAACAACACGGCGCCCACUCUUGUUGCCAAUUCCCUGCAGCAUUAUGACCCGACUUCGGCGAAGUCUCUUGCCGACACUGGCCUGCUCGAUUGGUCACUGGCUGGUAGCUUGAAGCGCUUCAUCAAUGCCGAGCUUCUCGACGGAGCCAAUAAGUUUGGCUGUCAAACCUGUACAGAUCAGCAGCGUCAACAACUACUGGCUGACGGGAAUAUGGGCGGUGAGGAGAAGGUGAGUGCGGUCAAAACGCUGGCCUCCAAGCAGCUUCUCCUCCACCGUCUGCCCUCCAUCUUGACACUGCACCUCAAGCGCUUCAAGCACACCAGUGUAUCACGUGCGCAGAAGAUCAGCAAACAUGUGUCAUUUCCGUUCCUGCUGGAUAUGAGCCAGUUCUGCAGUGCGUCUGCUGAUGUGAGCCGUGAUGCCAAUGGCAAGAUCGUAUACUCCUUGUUUGCUGUGACUGAGCAUAGUGGCAAUAUGAGAGGUGGUCACUACACUGCCUAUGUCAAGUCACGUAAGCAGCAACAGCCACAGCAGCAAGUCGAUGUAUCCGCCCCUAGUCCUGCUCACAGCACUGGUGCGGCGGCUUCUGCAAGCACUGCUAGGUCUGAGGGGGAACAGCCAUCCAUCGUAUCUCCCACUGAGAAUGACAACAAGGAAAACGCCAAGGAGACCAGAAACAGUGCAACGGCUGAUGCUGGAGAGUUGUGUGCUGCCGAGGAUGUGGUGAGGGUUGAGACUGUUGUUGUCACUACGGACACACCGGUGGUGGCUACAGAACAAGGUGUGUUGCCAGGUGGUACAACGCCAGAAGAUAACUUCACUGAUAUAGCCCAAACCAAUACUGGCUCACCGGUGCUGGACACCGUAUCGGCCAUUGACACUCCGCCUCGUACACCUGACGAGACUGCUACACCAACUAGCGAGACAGGACCAGCACCAGACAUCCCCGUUGCUCCCAGUGCUGGCUCUAGUACUGCUUCCAGUGCAGCAUACAGUGUGCCUGAUGGCAGUUGGUUCCACGUCAGCGAUACAUGUGUCCGCGCUGCCAGUGAAGAGCAAGUACGCAACUCGCAGGCUUACAUUCUGUUCUAUGAACGCUUGUUACCAUCCUAACACACCCGGUACCCAUGCCUUGUGCUAUGCUCAAUCUGCUUGGAUUUUCUCAAAUUGUAAUUUAUUUUACAACUACGGUGUUUUUUAAUGCUAUCCGUCUCAUUUUCGUUCUUAUCAUCUUAUUUUUCAGUUGGUGCACCAUUCGUCCCUAUGCUGUGCAACCACUGUACUUCUAUAACAUAGUUUUUUUUAGUCCUGUUCUCACAUGCCGGCUAGAUGGUAUUCUUGUGAUAUGGGGCCGUAUCAUUUUAGAUUGCUAAUAAUAAUUAUUAUUAUUCUUAUCUUCAAGCCGCUGGAAGUUCCCAUUUCUCUCUGGGUCUUGUCGGUCCCGGCUAGCAUUUUCUUUUCUUCAAAAUAUGUACCCUCUAGUUUAUGUGCUGGAUUUGUCUUGCCAUCAAGUAACACGAGUAUUUAGUUAUCUUAAUACACACGCA